UCAGCAAAUGCAGUACUAAAUUAACCAAAACCGUGCCGCUACCACUAGCACACAAGUGAAAGCACCCUAAGCAACUUGGUCCAUCAAGACGAACAAUUUCCUCAACUUCCACAUUUUACCUAAACACCAAAAAUGUUAAUUUCAUGCAUGCAUUCAGGUCACACGAUCAGUUCCGUUCUUUCCACAUAUCUCAUCGUUAGCAUCUUAAAAUCCCAUUUCAUCUUCAUCUUUCUGUGCUUGAACUCCAUUUAUCCUUUUUCCUUUCUUUCUUUCCUCUUCAAUUCGACAUUAAAAAACAAAGAAACAAAGAAUAAUGUCACGCCUUCCCCUGCUUCAUCUAAUUCUCCUCUCCUCCAUCCUUUAUAAAUCCUCCGCCGCUUCAAAUAAAGCUGCUGAUACUCUGCUUCGUCUUCUCCCACCGGCGGCAGAGACAUUGAACUCCAACGUUCUCGUCAAUGUAGCAGGCGACGAUCCGAACGAAGCCUACUGUGAAAGCUGGCGCCUUUCAGUGGAGACGAACAAUGCCGGAAACUGGAAGAAGAUCUCAUCUCGCUGCGCGAGCUCAGUGGAGGCAUACGUUAGAGGGCCGCAAUACGCGCUGGAUUCCAAAGUGGUGUCGCGAUUGGCGCAGAACUACGCUAAGAACAUCAGGCUCGCCGGCGAUGGCAUGGAUUCUUGGAUCUUUGAUGUCGACGAGACCCUUUUAUCUAACAUCCACCAUUACUUUGCAUGGGAAGUGAUGAAUGAAACGGUAGCUGCGGAGCAGUGGGGGGCUUCCACGAAGUCGCCGGCUUUGCCAUGGAGUUUAUGGCUGUACAAAAAGUUGCAGGGGAUGGGGUUUCAGCUGAUUCUGUUGACGGGAAGGAAGGAAACUCACCGCAACUCCACCGAGCAAAACCUUCUUGCUGUCGGCUAUCACUCAUGGGAAAAGCUCAUUUUAAGGGGGAACCUGGAUGCGGGAAAGAGAGCCAUGGCCUACAAAUCAGAGAAGAGGGCUGAAUUGGUGGCCCAAGGUUAUAGAAUUCAUGGCAGCUCAGGGGACCAGUGGAGUGAUCUCAUGGGUGAGCCAAUGGCGAGGAGGUCAUUCAAAGUUCCAAACCCAAUGUAUCACAUCCCAUGAUGGCAUGCAACAAUCACAUUUCUUAAUUAGCUGUAUUAUGUAAUAGUUUGUGUAAUGGCAUCCAUCCAUGCGUGUUGAGUGUUUUAUGUCAUGCCAUCAUAUUGGUCGGAUUGCAUAGAUGCAUAUAUGAUCUUAGCAGCCAUCAAACGUGUUGAGUGUUUUAUGUCAUGCCAUCAUAUUGGUCGGAUUGCAUAGAUACAUAUAUGAUCUUAGCAGCCAUCAUAGGGAGUGACGGAUGAGAUCAUUUUAAUUUUGAUAAUGUUAUGGGUUAAGCCGGGCUAUGAUAUCUUAUGAACUUAAGAUUGCUUUGG